GGGAGGGUUGAUGAUGAUGAGGAGGAGGAGGAGGGUGUGGGACCCGGAUGUUGAUGCGAGGAACCAGAACGGAGAAAAUAACGCAAAUAAACCGUCAAGACAGGCAAAAUUUCAGCGAUCAGUGCGCAACUUAUCAGUCACCAUCAAAAACAUCUUCCUCAAAAGUGUCCGGCGGAUGCGAGCGUGCGUGCGCGCGACCGGCGAGAGAGGACACACGGCGGAUACGCGAAGGAUGAGGAUGCUGCGGUCCGUGCGGCAGGAUGGAGCUCAGCAUCAGCAUCAGCAGCAGAGAUGAAACAGAUCUGCCAGAUCCGCUGCAGUGAUGCGAGAGGACGCAGAGCGACCUGGAUCUCCUUACAGUCACAUACGCCAUCGGACUACUCUUUUAGCUUGUCUUGCUGAAUGUGAAACGGGAAUAGAUUUACCUGUUUGUUUGUUUAUUAUUCAACUGUAAGAUUCUGGCUCCUUUAUUCUGGCUCCUCUAGGCCUUGCACGAGUGUACUGAAGGCUCUUGUUCACUAAUAUUUCACAGUUAGGAGGAGUUUCUAAAUGGUGUUUUUGUCAUGAGGUGAUGGCCAGCUGGUAGAUGCAUCUAGAAACAGGAGCUUAGUAACUGGACCUGGCUUUCUGUAAUGACAUGUACUGGGAACAAAAAGUCUGAUAGAUUAAGAAGGGUUACUUUAAUUGGUAAAGCUAUGAAUUAGGCUCAAAUAGAUUUGAAACAAUACACAGGCCCAGAUGACAGAUUCUAGGGAACCCCGAGCUCAGCAUGGAUAUAUUCCUGGGUUGUUGCAGACCCUUGGGAGACUAUUUUAGAAAAACUCAACUCAGAAACGGUACGCUGUGAAAAUAUUGCAUGCAGUAGCAGGUUUAACAGGAGCCAGGCUGCCACUAUGUCUAAGGAACUGUCAGUGACCCAGGCAGCUCAGUAUGUGGGGCCGUAUAGACUAGAGAAGACUCUCGGGAAAGGCCAGACAGGUCUGGUGAAGCUCGGGAUUCACUGCAUCACUGGUCAAAAAGUAGCCAUCAAAAUAGUCAACAGAGAAAAACUUUCCGAAUCUGUGUUGAUGAAGGUGGAGAGAGAAAUUGCUAUUUUAAAACUGAUUGAACAUCCACAUGUGUUGAAACUCCAUGAUGUUUAUGAGAAUAACAAAUACCUAUAUUUGGUACUGGAGCAUGUUUCAGGAGGAGAGCUGUUUGACUAUUUGGUGAAGAAAGGCAGACUGACGCCUAAAGAGGCACGGAAGUUCUUCAGACAAAUCAUAUCUGCUUUGGACUUCUGUCAUAGUCACUCUAUAUGUCAUAGAGACCUGAAGCCAGAAAACCUCCUGCUGGAUGAGAGGAACAAUAUCAGGAUUGCAGACUUUGGCAUGGCCUCACUACAGGUGGGAGACAGUAUGCUAGAGACAAGCUGUGGAUCUCCUCAUUAUGCAUGUCCAGAGGUUAUCAGGGGUGAGAAAUAUGAUGGUCGACGGGCUGAUGUAUGGAGCUGUGGAGUCAUUCUCUUCGCUCUGCUAGUGGGCGCGCUACCCUUCGACCACGAUAACCUGCGGCAGCUGCUGGAAAAGGUAAAGAGUGGAGUGUUCCACAUGCCCCAUUUCAUCCCACCCGAGUGCCAGGCUCUGCUGCGGGGCAUGAUCGAGGUCAACCCUGAAAAAAGAGUCACGCUAGAGGCCAUCCAGAAACACGCUUGGUAUCAAGCUGGACGCAAUGAGCCGUGUCUGGAGCUGCCGCCCCCGAGGCGCGUGAGCAUGGGACGGAUCAUGUCUCUGACAGAGCUGGACCCAGAUGUGCUGGACAGCAUGUAUUCUCUGGGCUGUUUCAGGGACCGGGUUAAACUGGCCCAAGACCUGCAGUGUGAAGAAGAUAACCAAGAGAAGAUGAUCUACUUUCUCCUGUUAGACCGUAAAGAGCGCUAUCCUAGCCAUGAGGAUGAGGAUCUUCCUCCACGAAAUGACAUUGACCCUCCACGGAAGCGUGUAGACUCACCGAUGUUGACCCGUCACGGCCGCUGCCGGCCAGAGAGGAAGAGUCUGGAGGUGCUGAGUGUGACGGAGCAGGGCUCUCCCACACCCCCACGCAGAGCACUGGACACCUCGCACAGCCAGAGAUCUCGAUCUGUAAGUGGAGCAUCAACGGGCCUCUCGUCUAGUCCUCUAAGUAGUCCCAGGGUAAGUGCCUGUCUGCUAACCUGUUUUUUUUCUACUAAAAAGAUGAGUCACUCAGAAGCAGUGUUGUCAAAAAUAAAGAUUUUUUUUUUAAUCGAGAAAUGUUUGAAUACUCAUUUUCCCACAGUAUUGAUAGACCAAUGCUAGCUACAAGUUCUUACUCUUUCUUCUCUCUGAAAGUGACUUGACACUCACCACACUGUGUAUUUUAAAUAAAUAAAUAUAUAGUCUGUUGUGCUGCGUUUAAGGGUGAAACACAUGACACAUGAGCAUCUCACGUUUUCAGUGUCUCAGAGCAGCUCGGUUUACAGUAAAUGCAGCAAACCCCAUCUCUGCA